CUUCCCAAUACUCACCUAUACACAAUGUCUUUCCACUACUCUGCUGAGGACAUCCGCAUCGAAGACGGCCACAUCCUCAAGGCCCGCCUGCGGCGUGGUGAUGGCGAGUGGAACGACUCCGAGAUCGACCUCAACCACCACAUCGGCAACAACAACGGCCACUUCUACUGGGACGGCGAGAACUUCUCCGGCUCCGCUGAGGACAUCGAGUUCACCAUCGAGGGCGACGGCUCCGUCCCUGUCCUCCGUGCCACUCUCUUCGACCAGGAGGGCAACGGCCAACGCCGUGACGUCAACCUGUCCGAGCGCAUCUCCAACAACGAUGGAAACUUCAACUACAACUAAGUGUUGUCGCCUCUGAUUAGUACUACGGUCGAACGACAUUGGCAGUAGGCGCCGAUACCUACGCUCACUUCGGUCACCAUAACGAUGAAUGAAACAAAGUUAAAUGUCAAGUAUGCCCCUCUUUGCUCCGCUGUCGUGUUGUCCAUUCUUUCACCUGUCAUACCUUGUCGUCUUAGCCACCUUAUAUCUCUUCGCCCAUGUCGUCUCACAACAUCAGCGUGACAACGUUUGUGUCUUUCCUGCAAUUUCUAGCUUUUUUCUGGUCACCGCCAGCAAUUUUGUGUGAUGAACAUCUUCUCUUUGCAUUUUCCAUCCGCUUCUCUGCAAAUCUCCUUCUUGACUCUUUGUUCGGACACGUAAAAGAUCCGCACGUUAUCUCUACGGUAACAUCUUCAU